AUGGAAUUGUGGGAAACUGGUGUGAAGACCUUUGAUGCAUCAUCUAGACAAAAUUUUAUGUUACAUGCAUCUUUGUUAUGGACCAUUAAUGACUUUCCUGCAUAUGCAAAUUUGUCAAGAUGGAGUACCAAAGGAAAAUUGGCUUGCCCAUGUUGUAAUAAAGAAACUCUUUCAAUUUGGUUGAAAAAUGGGAAUAAACAGUGUUAUAUGCGCCAUAGACGCUUUCUUCCUCGUAAUCACAAAUGGAGGAAUGAUAAAAAUUCUUUUGAUGGCACUAAAGAGCAUAAAUUACCACCAAAAAUGCUAUCUGGUAAUGAUAUACUUGAUCAAGUGGCUGAUUUAGAUGUUAACAUACAAUCAAAGGAUCCAAAGAAAAAGACUAAAAUAUCACAUGGUAAUAGGGUUGAUAAUUGGAACAAGAAGAGCAUUUUCUUUGAUCUUCCAUAUUGGAAAACUCUAUUGUUGCGACAUAACUUAGAUGUGAUGCACAUUGAGAAAAAUAUAUAUGAUAACAUUUUGGGAACAAUAUUAAAUGUCAAAGGAAAAACCAAAGAUACCAUAAAUUCUCGAUUGGAUUUGGAAGUAAUAGACAUCAAGAAAGAAUUGCAUCCGAUAAAAAAAGGGGAUAAAUAUGAGUUACCAACUGCAUGUUACACAUUAUCUCCUGAAGAGAAGCAUAAAUUUUUCAAUUUCUUGAAGAAUUUGAAGGUCCCAGAUGGAUUUUCAUCCAAUAUAUCUCAGUGUGUCAAUCUUAAAGAUCGCAAACUUUCAAGAUUGAAAAGUCAUGAUUACCACGUUAUUCUGCAACAUCUACUCCCACUUGCAAUACGUGGUAUGCUUUGCAAAUCUGUACUUGAACCACUUAUUGAGUUGUCUAUAUUUUUCAACAUGCUCGGAGCAAAAUGUUUGAGAGUAGAUGAGCUAGAGAAAAUAGAAGCCCAAAUUCCUAUAACUCUAUGCAAGUUAGAAAAGGUCUUCAUUCCUGCAUUUUUUGAUAUCAUGGUUCACCUGCCAAUUCAUUUAGCUAAUGAACCUAAGAUUGCUGGACCUAUUCAAUAUCGAUGGAUGUAUCUAGUGGAGCGAUGGUUAUACUUCUUAAAGUCUUUUAUUCGUAAUAGGACUCACCCAGAAGGCUCUAUUGCAGAGGGAUAUAUAGAAACUGAAUGUAUGACUUUAUGUUCAAGGUAUUUGCAUACGGUGGAAACAAGAUUUAAUCGCACUGAGCGGAAUUAUGAUGGCGAUUCUAUUGAAUCUGAUGGAGGUUUAACAAUUUUUUCUCAACCUGGAAAAACUUCAAAUUGUGCCACACCAGAAAGUCUUGAAUCAGACGAAUUUGAGCAGCCACACUUUUAUAUUCUAAAGAAUUGUGAUGAAAUUCAACCAUUUCUUGAAGAAUUUUCACAAGUUCCAUUUGAUACCUCUAAGAAUGAUUCAGAGAUCGAAUGGAAUAGUCAAUUCAUUAGUUGGUUACAGAUUAAGGUUGCAGAAUUGCGCAAACAUGAUGAUAGUAAGCAAAUAGAAGAUUUGUUCUCACCGUCACGUGGUCCUCUGCAUAUGGUGAUUGUAGUUGGUGAGACUGAUGAAGAGAAUAAAACUAUUGAUUACUAUGGAGAGUUAACUGAAAUUCUUGAAUUACAAUUUGUUGGUGGAAGAAGAGUGAUGUUUCGAUGUGCAUGGUUUGAUGUGUAUGACCAAGAAAGGGGAAUUAAAGUAGAUGAAUAUGGCUUCGUAAGUGUUAACCGAAAACGAUUAUUGAAAGUAAAUGAGCCUUUUGUAUUAGCCAACCAAGCAUCACAAGUAUUUUAUGUUGACGAUCUUUCGAAUAAAGGAUGGCAUGUUGUGCGAAAGGUUCAACCUUGUGAUUCUUUUGAUAUUGGUGAAAACAAUGAUGGUGAUUUAGAUAAUCUGUUAGAAAUCUAG